UCAAAAAUCCAGCGUCGUGCCCUCGGUCUCGGUCGUGCCGCCGUCGAUCAUCGUUCUUUUUCCAUAUUUUGCAUCGGGGUUUGCAAAGUUCUGCACAUUUUUUUAAAGUAAUGGACCAAUUCGAGCAGACAAACGAGGUGCAGGACGAAGAGUCUUAUGUUGCGGACGAAGAAGAAAGUGAUACCAUAGACGAUCAGAGCUCGGACCAAAGUUCUUCCGGUGACGAUGAUUACGAUUCCGACGAUGACGAUGAUAUUGCGGCGGAUGUUCGUGAUUUGAUGAAACGUGAUAAGGUCGUGGUGUUGGCUGAGGUAAUCAAAUGUCGCACCGAGCAGCUUCGUCUCCGCCAGCAGCUGAAAGUGUAUCAGUAUGCUUUGGAAGAAAUGGGUGGCCAAAAAACGAAACUCCAACUCGAUCUGGCUCUCACCACCAAGACGCUACUGGUGCUGCAGGAAGGAUUUUCCGAACAGCACCUGCAAGACGAGAAAAUCCUCAAGCAAAUCAACAUGAUGUCGGAUUUUCUCGGGGAUUUGGACAUGAAGCGCGUUCAGUUGAUCAAGGAAACUCGUCAGUUGGCGGCACAGCUAACUAGCGACAAGGAAAAAAUAGAAGCGAUGGUUAAGGAACGCACGCAGGAGGAAACUAACCGCUGCCGUCAGUUGCAGGAGCAAAUAAACGCAAUGGCCGUCACGAACAAUGAUCUGGAGCAACAGUUGGUUGAAGCCGACAUAGCUUACCAGUCGUUGACUUCCGCCCAUUCUGAACGUUCGAAUGAGCUGGCCAAGUUAACCGAAGAGCUGCAGGAGGUACAAAAACGCAUCGCCAUUGAGGUGCAAUCUAAUACGACAUUGAAGGCGAAUGUCGACAUGCUCCUGGCAGAGAAAACGCAACUGGCCACGGAGAUCAUUCAAUUGGAGAACCGAGUGGCGGAGCUGGAGGAGGAGAAAAAGGUAAAACUGGCACAAAUGGAACGAUCGACAAACUCCAAAUUGUUGAAGCUGGAACAACAGAAGGAUGCCAAGUUGACCGAAUUGGACAAUGCGUGGAAGGGCAAAUACGAGGAGGAGAUGAUGAAGGUCGAUGCAAAGAUCACUGCUUUGAAAACAGACAAUGAGGACGCCAACAAGCAGAAUGCCAUUUUACAUACAACUAUCGAAAAGCUGCGUGAAGAACUUUGUGCUUUGAACAAACAACUGGAGCAAGAGAAAGAACAAGAAAAGAAAAUGGAUAGCAAGAUCGGUCACGUAAAAACUAUGCUAGAGGAUCGGAACAACGAAAUCUGCUCACUGAACACCAAGCUGAAUAAUGAACAAAAACGUUUGGAAGAGCAAAACCGACAGUUUGAGCAGAAAUUUGCUGAACUUGAAGGCAAACUGAAAAACAUUCAGGAUGAAGCCGACAAAAAAGCGAAAGAUCUCGAAGGCCAAUUGCUACGUGCCCAGGGUGAAGCUGAUAAAAACAAGACCGAAAACGAAAAGCUCGUACAGGAUUUAGCCAAUCACGCAUCGAAGAUAAGUGCCUUGGAAUUGACAAUUUUGGAAAAAGACCAGCAGCAAAUGGCUUUGAAAGAGAAGCUAGCCGAUGCCGAAAAAGCUCAGGCAUCUCUAGAAGUGCCACCCAAAGCCUACAGGCAGGAUAACAACCAAUCUUCCGCCACCCAGAUCACGUCCACUCCACUUCGACCCUCCAAUUUGGUCGACAGCCUGGACAUUCCGUCUUCGAAAAGAACACGAAUGAGUGAGAGCGAUUUGCUAAGCGUCCAUUCCAGUAUUUCCAACUAUACCAGCUUCCAGGGCAGUGUCGAUCGCAAACGUGACAUGAGUCGAUUCUUCAUGCGUAAAUCACCAACCCAAGCUAAGACCAAACCGGCCCCGAAAACGUUCUUUGGAAAGACCUCCAGAAGCAAUUCGGAAGACGAUCUGAUCAGUUUGAAUAGUACCGUUAACUUGGACGAGGAACCGUUGGAAACACUGAAUAUCACCAACAGCGGUUCACCGAUUCCAAUGGUGAAGCCGUUCUUCCGAAGACAGGCGGAGAAAAAGUAACCUUUGAUUAUUUUAAUUGUUGUUGCUAUUUAUUGUUGGCCCUCAAUCCGACAUGUGAUUCGUUGUUGAUCAGCAGUGCAGAUUAGUUUGCAAUAAAGAAGGUAGCAAUGUAUCUUCUGUAGAUGUUAAGACUUGUUUCACUAAGCAGUUAGGAUGAUAAAAACUUUGUCAUGAUUUCUUGUUACUUAUUUAAGCGUUGUUAUUCGUCUUGGCAGUUGUAGCUUUUCCUUCAUCUAGCAUAUAAUACACUUGUU